AUGGGCGAUCAUCCCAAUGAAACUCCCCGUAAAUUCGCGCACGAAGCAGUGGGUGGAACGGGUGGUGGGGGUGGGUGGGCUGUGAUACCCAAGACAGCCUUCGCCCUCGCCACCCGAGCCUAUCACUUCCACCCAUACCACCAUGUCCUCGACUACCCUUCACUGUGCUCGAGUUCCGAGGCAGUGAAUGGGAAACCGCCCUCGUCGCAGUAUCUAGCCCCUCCCCGGCCCCGCACUCGAAUCUGCAAAGAAGUGGUCCGCAUCGAAGGGGAGAAGGAUAAUGCUGGUGGCGAUUUCGUGGGGAGUUUGGGAAGGUUCUUUCGUCCAACAUCGUCGGAAAUAUCGCUCUUAAUUUGGUUCAAUGAAGCGGCGAACGCUCGAUGUCUUCUCGAGAGAGUCAACGGUACGACUCACUUGAUCAUUCACGUCGGCCACCACCCCUACAACCUCAGCUACCUCCUUGGAAACUCCACCUCCAUCAGCGCUACCAGCGUAACCCACUACGCAAAGACGAAGGUCCUCGACGGUUACAAUGGCAAACCCACGGGCGAGGUUCUCCCAGGUAUCGGGACCGACCAUCUGCAAAAUCACGGCCACACUCUCCACCAGCAUCCUCAUCACGGGCACGAUUCGGUUGACAAAGGAGGGUACACCGAUGGCCUCAUUUACGAGUUUGGGCAAGGGGGAUUUGUACCUAGUUCUGGUCGCCUGCAAGAGGUCGGAGGUGUAUUAUACUACUCCCCCAACUGCGACAGAACCCUUACCUUCAAACGAGACCCUUUCUCAGAGGCGCACAUCAACCCUUUCCAGCCGGAAAAGCACAGACCGCUUCAGCCACCGCGCAAACCAUCCACGACCGAGCCUGUGGAGUCCACCACCUCUCCAAAGUUCGUCCAAAAAUAUCCCCGCUUCGAGGAGAUUUCCAGUCCACGUCUAUGGACACCUGCGUUCGGGUGGCUGGCGUUCGCACCAUUGAAGUACAGCGAUCCCGGGUACCCUUUCAAUCGACUCAAACGAAUACCUUUACCCUCAAUCGUUGGGUCCCCAGACAAUUUCACUUACCAAGUUCCCGAUAACUUCGCGCAGAGUUGGGCAAAACUGGAGUCUGAACUCUAUGGGGCUGUAACGAAACUCAAAUGCGCAUUCUCCCCUCCCAUGGUGUUACCGUUCCUCCCAUGGGCUCACGGAUACCUGAUCACCUUCAAGAACCCUAGAAGCUACGAUCGUGCGGUGGCCUCAUCGAGGGAUUGGUUUGCGGUUUGGUGGGGAGCUCUAUCGUACUUGAUAGCGUACGGCGAGUCCAGGCGAGAUGCCUUCACGCUCAAGAGCUUCGUACCUCAGUGGCACCUAGAAUUACGGUCGGAGGUGGACUCUGCAUGGGUAGACGGCAUAUGGUUCUCCUCGAUAUGUGAUUUCUCCUACAAUUCAAAUCGUAUUGGCUGCAUCAUCGACAUCGUCAACCCUGCCCCUAAUCAGCCUAGUCUACAGUGGUUUCUAGAGCACGGAGUGCCCGUGUGGUAUCGUUGGGGUCCAUCUGAAAGAGCUUCCGCGGAUCAACGAUUUGCGCCGCCUCCAGGAACGUUAACAUGGAGGCCGGAGCGACCUCUACCAACACCUUCGUCGUCUUCAUCCUCUCUGACACGGAGGCCCGAGGGACCUCGACCGACACCUUCGUCGUCCUCAUCGUCUCUGAGCACGGAUGCAUCAUCGUCAUCGACAUCAAGGUACCAACAACAGGAGUCAGCCCGGUCCAGGUUCCAGGUAGCUUGGGCGGCGCAUUGUGCUCAACAUGAACGGGCUCAUGCUCGCAUCCUUGAGAAGGAGACUGCUGCCGAUAGGCAAGCGCGCGAAGCUCGAGCGGCCAACCCUCCCGUGUCGAAAGUCAGAGUAUAUGAAUGGUCACCUUCGGAAAAGGACCCAGACACGUAUGAGCGCGUUCCGGCCGGGGUAAAGUACUCCAGAGAUACUCUUGCCCUGUAUAGCUCUAAGCAGAAGAUUUUUGAUGCGUUCUGCAGAGAGUGGGAUUGCUGUGACCUGUUGGGCGACGGCGAAGAGGAGAUCGACACCGAUGAAUGGACACCAGAGGACUUGGCACUACCACUGCCAAACUCACUGCGGAAUAAAAUCGCCGAAGCGUACGAUCUAUGUCUGGAGAACGACGACGAGGAAGAGGGCAUUCUAACUUCGACUGUAUCAGAGACCCAGGGUGAAGUUCCUCCGCCUUCAGCGUAUCAUCCUUUACAUCUUCCGUCGCAUCCACCGGAAGAUCCUACUACGAUAGUGGAUGAUGAGCAGGGCGUGUUCGUUACAUCGACUAAUUGGUUGGUGACUUCCUUGACAGAGGAGGUGAAUCACGUCUUCGGUCUUCACUAUGGCUUUGUGGCCCCUCUACCGUCGGUGCCAGUUGAACCCCAAGCCAAUGAAAAGGAUCGGAAGGCAUUUUUCCGGUUGCUGGGUCUCACCGACAUUGAGGACAAGCCUGAAGAGUACUUCAGCACGGCACAUUACCACUCAGCGGUUCGCUUCAUGACGGCACUCUCUCUGCGCAAGGCUCCCCAUGGGGCCUCAUGGGACCUUAAGGACGACGUCAUCGAUCCUCUCAAACACAGUUCUCGGUUGCCCCAUCUCCGCAUUGCUCCAAUACCGCACUUCGAGAACAUCGACAUGGUUGACAGAGGUCUGACGGACUGCGUGCCUCGUUACUACUACUUCGACUUCCCGUCGUCAAAGAAGAACUGGAAGCUCGCUGUCCUUAACGCGAUGGAUGCCCUUUUCGUUUGUCGUCUAUGCGACAAAUUCACUGAGGACGAGAUUGUGUUCACCCUCGUUCAGAAGGGCGUUUCAUUCAGACUCUUUAUGCCCCGUCGACACUUACGACCGUCCUUAUACCAGACUCCUUCUUACAGUCCCCUCCCUGUUCGACCCCUGAAGCACAAAUUCACGAAGGCCGAUUACGAUAGUUACAUCAACACCCGGACACUUGUCCUUUCGCAACCUCACAUGAAGGCGGCCUUGCGCCGGGGCGGGAUAAUUUGGCGUCUGGCUAUCGCGACGCUGGGCAUGGGCGACGCUCAAAGGGAAGCGGUUGGUUGUGGGAGUCUAAUCACGACGAACUUGCAAGGUUACGACGGAGAGUACGUCGAUGAUGGGUUGACAGCGCGAGAGCUGGACUUGAUUUGUGGUGCGUACAAGUGCAUCGACGAAAGGACAGGACAGGUUGCGAUGAAGUCUUGGUGGCCUCUCGCCCGGGCAUACGAACGCGCCGACUGUGGAGAGAAUUAUGGUCGUUGGUGCUGUCGAAGGGAGGAGUGGUACUUGCGUCGCCUGGAUAAUAUUGAGCGUGGCGUGGACAAGUUCAACCAACCGCUGGCCUUUCAGGAGUGGAAGUCUGCCCAACGAGGUUUGGGUGCCAUUCGUAGUUUCCAUCAAUCUCUCGAAUCGUCGUCCCACGAAUUCAUUGAAAGGAACAUCUUGUCUCGGUCGGUUACAUGA